GUUUUUUUUUAUUAUAUUUGAUUCCAUUAAAUGCCAUAAUAAACAAAUAAACAAACAAAUAAAACUAGAAAAAUUAAAAAAAAAAUAAAAACUAACAUUAGUAGUAAUAAACUCAAACAAUCAAUAAAGAGCUUUUGUCAUUCAUUCGCCUCUGCAUUAUCGUGGCCGUAUCUGAUAUCAAACGAGAAUCAUAAAUUGUUUUUAUUAAAUGGCUGUGGUGCUCCAAACCAUAUUUUAUUUGCCAAAUCUCCUUGCAAGCAACAAAAGAAAUGAAAUAAAAACAACAAAAAACAACUAUAACUACAACAACAAUAACUAAUUCAAACGAUAUUAACUGGAUUUUCGGGUUCACAUGCGAAAAACCCCCCCAAAAAGCAGCAUAAGCACGCACCUAACCAAAACACACAAACACAUUUGCCCACACACAUCGUAUCAUCACAUCAUCCAAGCGAAACCAAACAAACCGAAUUCUGAAUGAGUUGAGUGCGUGCAUACCUUGCGUUUGCAUUCUUGCUUAGUUGUGUGUAUGUGUGUGUGAGUGCGUGCCGCCAAUUAAGAGAAUUUGCUCAAAACCACCGACGACCAAACAGUUGGGGCUUACAAACGUGUUUUGUGUGACAGGCCCCCUGUUGUGUGCAGCGUUGGCACUCAUCACCAGCUGAACUCCAAAGAACCAGCAACCAACAACAAAAAGAACAACAACAACAAGAACGAUUGCACAGUAAGAACAACAUCAACGACCACAGCAAUAGCAGUAGCAGAGACCGCAUUAUCAAUUGCAAUACGCUGUUGUGGUGAUUUGAAAAUUCAAAAAUAACAGAAAUUGCGUAGAGACAGCAGAUAGAAACAACAGACAGACAGACACAUAUACAUAUAGAGUAAAAAGUGAAUACCAAUCGGAAGAAAGAAUCAGUCAAAAGUGAAGACUCCACAGUUAUGAAUUUGACCAACACAAAAUCGUUUCAAAUAAAUUCCAACGAAAUUUUUGUGAAAAUUACCAAAUUAUUUAAGACAAAAUUGAAAAUUAAUUAAUAAAAGUACAACUCUGAUACAACAAAAAAAAGAUCUCCUACAGCAUCGCUAGUUGUCACACGAAAAUGCAUUUUCCAAAAUGAACAAUGAGAGGUGUUAAUUAGCUACUGCAGAUUUUAAGGGAUUUGUGCCCGGCAGUUCUCCGAAUUCUGCAUGUCUGUGUAAAAGAACAAUCAACACACGAAACCACCAAACCACUUCGGUGGAAGCAGCAGAACAGCAGCAACAGCAACAGCAUUGAGUACGUGACAAAAAGACCAUCUAAACCCCAAACAAAUCAAAAAUCCGCUGCAAAAAAAAAAACAUUGGAAUUGUGGUGAAGGCGAAAAGAGGAACGAUGCCAGCGGAAAACAAUAAACUCAUAAACAAUGGCUAUCUGCGAACGCCGUAUGUCACCAAGAACAAUGGCCAUGGUGCUGGUAGUCCUUCCAGCAAACAACAGCAGCAGCAACAACAACAACAACAACAAAUCAUCGAUGUUGAUAGUGAUGGUGUAGGCAUUACUGACAUCGAGGCAACCUUGCACAAUCUCUCACAGAAGGAGGAUGCAAGUGCAUCAUCGGUGAUUUCACCAUUGCUGGGCGGGGAGAACAAAUCCGAUUUAUCCGUUAACGAAGUUAUGCAUCAAUCAUCAACGCCGCCUCAAUGUGCCAACAAUGUGGGUCACAUCAAACAUCCAACUGUGGUUUUCCUGGGAACCGACAGUGGAGGCGGUGGCGGUGGCAGUCGCACCACACUGCAGUGUAAUGCUCCCUCAGCGUAUGCCCAUUCGCCACAAAGCGAUUUAUUGCUCAAGGAGCCAUCACUGCGAUGCCGUCUUCUGGUGUUGGCUGUGGCCUUGACAGUUUUGGGCGCUGCCAUCGGAGCGAUGGCUAUAUAUUUUGCUGGUAGUUAUCGCUGUCAAACGAGCCAUAACAUAGAUAAUAACCAGAACUCCAAUAUCACAGAAUUCUUAUCAAAUAAAGAUGACAUCUGUUUGACAGAAGAAUGCGUUAGAACAGCGGCGCAUUUAUUAUCGGGCAUGGACACCAAUGCCAACCCAUGUGACAAUUUUUUCCAAUAUGCCUGCGGUACAUGGAACAAGAUACACGUUAUACCAGAGGAUAAAAGUUCUAUAAGCACUUUUGAGGUUCUGGCAGAUCAACUGCAAGUCGAACUUAAGGAUAUACUGGAAGAGCCCAUCGAUGAUAGUGAUAAUCAGGCAACGGUCAAGGCGAAAAUGUUUUACAAAAGUUGCACUGACAUGGCUCAGAUUCGUAAAGUUGGGAUAGGUCGCUUAAAAGAUGUUCUCAAGUCGCUGGGAGGUUGGCCUGUCAUUGAGGAGAACUGGUCGCCCCCCAACAUCAGCAUAGAAGAACUGGCCGGCAUAUUGCGCCGUUCCUAUGGCGAAUCUACUCUAGUCGAACUUUAUGUAUCGGCCGAUGAUAAAAACUCCUCGGUAUAUGUCCUACAAUUGGAUCAAUUUCCCCUGGCUCUACCCUCCCGCGAUUAUUAUCUCAAAUCGAGUAGUGAAAAUGAUUUGAAAGCCUAUCACAAAUAUAUGACCCAAAUAGCCAUAUUGAUGGGAGCCAAUGGAACUACGGCCAAGCAAGAGCUGAAUAAUGUCUUGCAAAUGGAAAUUCAGUUGGCAAAUGCCACACUCCCAGAACCAGAUCGCCAUGAUACCAGCUCCGUCUACAGAAAGAUAACCCUCAACGAUUUACAGACCGAGGUGCCACAGCUGAACUGGACUCUCUAUCUACAAACCGCUUUGGGUAGCAGUAUUCCUUUGAAGGAGAACGAGGAAUUGGUAGCCUAUGCUGUGCCAUUCUUCAUCGAAAUGGGCAAAACUUUGGCCAAGACUGACACUAGAACAAAACAUAAUUAUCUGCUGUGGCGUCUGGUAAUGUCCAUAAUGAAUCACAUGAUUGACGAGUAUCAAAGGGAAAGGUUGGAAUUUCGAAGAAUUCUUAUGGGCGUUCAAACGGAACGCAUGCGUUGGUCCCAAUGUGUCGAUUGGACCAAUAAGAAAUUGGGCAUGGCUGUGGGUGCCCUCUUCAUUAGGGAUAACUUUGAUCAGGCAAGCAAAGAAACGGCUUUGGAAAUGAUUCACACCAUAAGGGAGGCUUUCAAUGAACUUCUGGUGGAAAAUCAUUGGAUGGAUGAUGAGACAAGGGCAGUGGCCAAGGAAAAGGCUGAUAUGAUGAAUGAACGCAUAGGAUAUCCUGAACUUAUAACAGAUGCCAACGAAUUGGAAAAGGAGUAUGAAAAUCUCACUAUAGUUCCUGACAAUUUUAUGGAAAACGUUUUUCGCCUAUUAAAAUGGGAAACCGAGAAAAACUUUCAACUUUUACGACAGCCGGUCGAUAAGGAGAAAUGGACAACAGAACCGGCAGUAGUUAAUGCCUUCUACAACCCAAAUAAAAAUGAUAUUGUUUUUCCCGCUGGUAUUUUGCAACCUCUCUUCUACAGUCAACAUUUUCCAAAAUCUUUAAAUUACGGCGGCAUAGGAGUAGUCAUAGGCCACGAAAUCACCCACGGUUUUGAUGAUAAAGGUCGUCAAUUUGAUAAGGAUGGAAACAUGAUGGAGUGGUGGAACAAUGCCACUAUUGAAGCAUUCCGUGAACAAACGCAAUGUAUGAUCGAUCAGUAUUCCAAAUACAAAAUCGAUGAAGUGGGCCUGUAUAUGAAUGGACGCAUGACUCAAGGUGAAAAUAUAGCAGAUAAUGGGGGCUUGAAACAAGCCUUCAGGGCCUAUAAGAAAUGGGUACAGCGCAAUGGUCCAGAACAACGAUUGCCCGGCUUAAAUCUCACACAUGAUCAACUUUUCUUUUUAAACUAUGCCCAAAUAUGGUGCGGUUCCAUGCGUCCCGAAGAUGCUCUCACAAAAAUACGUUCCUCGGUGCAUUCACCGGGCUCAGUUCGAGUACUGGGUCCGCUAUCAAAUUCAAAAGACUUUGCCGAUGCCUAUCAAUGCGAAAUGGGCUCACGCAUGAAUCCUGUAGAAAAGUGUAGUGUAUGGUAAAAUGGGAGAAGUAAAAACAAAAACACAGGAUUCAAGGGCAAACGUCUGUCUAUGGCUAGAUGAACCAAGAACGAAGAAGGCCGCCAUUAUGAAAUACAAACGGAACCUUAAAACUAAUCUAAUCGCUCACCUGCAUACAUUUAAUUUACACUAACACAUUUGUACUCGUACUUGAAAGACUUCAUCAUAGGCAUACAGAAAAACACAUACAUAUCUAAUACACACAUACAUAUGUACAUGUAUAUGAAUAUAAUAUUAUUAUUUACACAGAGGAAAAUAUUGAAAAUUGGCCUCCACUUCACAAACACCAAUACAUACAUAAAUACGCAUUAACAUACACACAGUAUAUAUCAAUGUCAUAUCAAAAGAGAAGAGAAGAAAAAGAAAAACUUUAACGAGAUAUGUACUAUACCAUGCGAUUGUUGUUUGUUAUCCCUUUUCGAAAUGAUGCUACAAUUUUGAUUUUGAAUAUAAUAGUAACGCAAAAAUCUUACAAAUUAUAAUUUCUUAUAUAUAUAUAUAUAUAUAUAGUAUACAUACAUACAAACAUAAUACACAUAACACAUAGUAGUAGUAGUUGUAGUGUAUAAUACAUUGAACAAAACUGUUUACAAAUACAGCAAAAAUACAUGCAUAUGUGUAGAAUAAAGAUCGUAUAUACAAUAACACAUACAUACACAA